UUUAUCACUAUAUAUAGAGAAAUUUAGCUUGCAAAGGAAAAGAAAGGAAAAGAGCCACAAAAAUGGCGAGGUUAUUUGUAGAAGAACAAAAUUUCUUAGAAAAAAUGUGUGAUGAAAAAGAAACCCUCGAGCAGGAAUCGUUCUACUGGGUGGAUAUUACACAAGAUUUCUUUGAAGCUAUCAAAGAAUUGGAGUUAGGAGAAUUGGUGCAUGAUGAGCUGUUUGGAUUGUUUGAUGCAAUGUCUGCUAUUGAGAUGAUGGAUCCGAAAAUGGAUGCUGGAAUGCUCUGUAAUCGAGGCAACAAUAAGCCAUACACAUUUUCACAGGCAGCAGAUAAUGGAAUUAUUAAGCUAGAUGGUCUUACCCCUUCAGAGAUCAUUGGCAUUAUUGAUUCGACUUAUGCUUGUAUAGUUUCAUGGUUGGAGGGUCAUAGUUUGGCACAGACAGUGUUUACUAAUUUGUACUUGCAUCAACCCGAUCAAAUUAUUGAUAAGACUUUGAAAACUUUUUGUUAUGCUGUUUAUAAAAUAAUUGAGGAAAUUAGGGAGUGUAUCAUAAAAGCUUCCGUGUAUGAAGAAGAGGACUUCCAGAGUGUUAUGUAUGGAGGUUAUAAACUACAGCCAGAUAUUACAGAACAAAAAACUACUUCAAUGCUGAGAGAAGUUGAAGAAGAAUUGCACAGGAAAAGUAGGAUUAAGCCUGUUGACGAUGAGACAGAAAGAGAGUAUAACGACGGAUUAGCUCUUUAUGCUAGGAUACGGUUUACAAAAAUGUUCUAUCAAAUUUUAACACUAAUGGGAAGAAAAGAGCAGCUCCAACUAAAUUUGAGUGGAUCUCAACGUCUUCUUUCAAAUUGUUCGGAUAUGAUACAAGUUAUCAUAAAAACAAUCAGUAGAGGAAUAAAGGCUGAUGAAAUCACAAAUCACCCUAAUGUGAUGGGUUUUGAUCCAAUGAUUAACCAAAGAUUACUGCCACCUACAUUUCCAAGAUAUACUAAAAUUAAACCAAGAGUUGAAGCCCUUGAAUAUAUAGAUGAACUUAUAAAUCGGUUUAAAACUGUAACUAAAAUUACAAGCUAUACUAGUUUUCAUGCUGCUUUGGACUUUUUUUUGGAAUUCUCGCGACAAAGUCCUUGUAUAUUGUCUAGAUCAAUGCUGCAAAUUGUUUAUUUGCCAUCAGUGAAUCGCGUCUUUGGUGUUCAUAAUUUUAUUGACAUUCUGAGAGACGCAGCGAGAAAUUUCAUUGCACCACCUGCGCUGUUGCCAAAGAGCAGCUUAUUGCAAAAUACUCAAGCAAAAGAGUGUGUUGAUAAAUUUUUAGCACACUGUGCCAGUUUUUUUGCAAUUUUGUUACAAACAACUGGCCAUAACAGAGCUAGACAAAGAGAUAGAUUAGCAUACCUAUUUGAAAAUUGUGCAGCUUUGCAGGAUGAGGCUGAACGAGUCGAUAGUUUUAUGCAUACACUAUCACUCAAAAGUGAUACACCAAGGCCUCAUUUGGCAUGUUUUGGAACGUGGAUUUUGUACCAUACAUUGCGCGUAAUGGUCAUGUAUUUGUUAAGUGGUUUUGAACUUGAGCUCUAUUCGGUUCAUGAAUAUCAUUAUAUAUUUUGGUAUCUCUUUGAGUUUCUAUAUGGUUGGCUUGUGUCUGCAAUAACAAGGGCUGACACAUUUAUCAUAGAGCAAGACAUGCAUAAUGAGCAGCAGAAAGGCAGAAGUAGUAAAAAGAGUGCCAAAAGUAAAAAAAAGAAAGCAACGCCCAGACCAUAUUACUUAGAAAUACUGUUGUAUCAAGCCAUGCAAAAUAUUUGUGGAGGAUUUUAUAAGGCAUUAGUUGGCUUUCGUAUGGACGAUAGAAUACCAUUACCGGAAAUUCAAUUCGAUUGCGAACGAGUGCGAUACGAACAUCGACUUUUACCUUUUUCCUCAUUGAUCACACCACCACCAGUUCACUAUAAAAAGUUUAUCGAAAUGACAAAUGCUCAAAUGUACAGAAACGAAAAAAACAGCAGCGAAACUCAAUAUUUCGACGGUUGUCGUCAUUUUCAUCAAGCUAAAAAUAUGUUGGAUCGUGCACUCGAACUUAAUCCUGCUAAUCCUAAUACUGUAAAUGAGAUAAAUGAUUUACUAAAAGUAGCUAAGACGAAUUUCAUCGUACUAAAGUUACUCUCUGGUGGGCAUAAAAAAGAUUCGAAAGAGCCUCCAAUUUUCGACUUCUCGUGCCAUCAACAUUUUCCAAUUAUCAAACUCCCAUAAAUAAUUUAAGGACUGAUUUAGAAACAAAUAUUUCUGAUUAUUAUUUAUUUUGAUUGAAUGUGAAGAAAAAUAACUGCCAUGCUGAAUGAUUUAACACAGGACACAGUUUCGUCUUCCGUGAUUAUAGAAGAUUUUCUGUGAAAAUUCAGCGAUUAAUUGCUAUAAUUUACGGAAAUUCUAAAGAAAACCUGACAAUCCCCAAAAAUAUACGAAGUUCUAGAAAAAGAUAACUUUUUAUUAUUAUUAUGAAGCUUAGUCGAUCGAUUAAUAACAAACUUUUUUCAAAAGACAUUAGUUUGAGUCUUUUCAAUUAAAAGACUCAAAUACAUUACUAUUUUUUUAAUACUACAUACGUUUGCUUCUUGUUUUUGUAAAUAUAUAUUUUAGCAAUUUUACUUAUAAAUUAUAUCGAAUGUGACUUAUGUUGCUGGGGUUUCUUUGAAAAAAGAAACGAAACUUUGUUACAGAAAAUUAAAUUCUUUGCAAACUUUAUUUGAAAAAUUGAAUUGAAUUCGAUUCAAUUGAAAAAUGAUAAUUUAUAAAUUUCUUUUGUUAAUAAGCUUAUUUUUGUUAGUAUGUUCGAAUUAUUUAAGUAUAUGAGUGUGUUAAUGAUUGUGCAAAAAAUGAACUAUAAAAAGUGUUUCCUUGGUGCACAGGUAGAUAUAAAUUAAAGAUAUAACAAAAAUAAAAGUGUUGUAUUUUAUCAACAGUGUGACAAGAAUAUAAAAGAUGAUAAGAUAUUUAUUUCUUGUUAUCGAUAUUCAAUGUUCAACUUUGCUUGUAUAGAAUUUCCAUUUUGUCUUCUAUUAUUAUUCUAUUGGUCGCAUAAAUUUUUGGACAUGAAAGUAACAUAUCUGAUUUGCAGAGAGACUUAAUGCAUAUUAUAAUAUUUAUAAUCAAAUUGCAUUAUUAUCAAUUAUCCAAUUAUCCAAGAUGAGUUACAAAAAAAAUAUACGAAAAAAAGGCUAGUUUAUAUUAAAGUUGGUGUAUCAAUGGUUUUAUAUUACUGCACAAUUGGCGAAUAGCUUAACAUUUUAAUUGUGAUGUAAAAAUAUUUUAUUGAAAGGAACAUUUUCAAGUUUUUGAAAAUAAGUUCUUUCUAGUAUUAAUAAAAAUUCUUUAUUAUAUUAGAUAUAAAUAUAAAUCGUCAUUUGCAAGCAUAUAGACAAAAUUAAGACAGUGAAUGUCCAUUGAAAUUACCAAACUUGUAUUAUAAAAUUUUGUAUAUAUACAAAGAUGUAACUUUGUUAUAUUAAAUUUUAUAAUAUAUUAAUGUAUAUUUAUCAAUUCAUUAGUUUUGACAUUUUCAUGUAAAAAAGCAAUCUAACAAAGUUUAGGUAACGAAUAAACUUCUCGAAAAAAUUAUCAAACUUAUUUAUUGUGUAGAUUAGAAUGAAUAGGUUUAAUCAAUGUUGAUUUUCUUAUAGAAUGUCACUGUGCAUAAAUAACAUUUCUUUAUAUUGGCAAUAUCAAGUUCCAAUCUAAUACCAUUAUUCAAUAUAUGAUCUGCUUUCCAGGCUAUUGCGAUUCGCUCUGCAUGAUGGUGCGUAUAGGUGACCGAUUUUCAUGUAAAUGUUGUCUAUAUAUAAUGGACUUGAUCGCCAAUCCCAAAAUAUACACGUACGCGAAUUUAACUAAAUCCUAUAUCGUAUUUUUGGAAAUUUUAUAUACAAUAUUGUGUAAACUUUGAUAAUUAAGAAAUAGAAUUUUGAAAGUAAUAAGCAAUGAAAAUUCUAGAAGGUGCUCAUUUUUUAAUUGUGGCAGGUAAUGUUUAUAUAAAGAAUAUUCAGUUGUGACGUUACAAGCAACAUGGACACAUACUUGGAAAAAAAUUAAAAUUUAGGCUUUAAUUUUUUUUUAAAUAUAAAAUAUUCAACUCAUUAAUCUUCUAUA